GAUUGGUUGCGUUCACAUUGCUGCUGAUGUGGUCUUCUGAAGUUAACGUAGCCGUUUCUCCGGUUCACGACGAUUUUUUUGAUAUCAUAUUGAUUUAACAUAAUCACAAAUCAUCAUAAAUUAUGCCUUACUUCCACACUUGGGAGGAGUUUGCCAGUGCAGCAGAAAAACUCUAUCUGACAGAUCCCAUGAAGGCCCGAGUGGUCAUCAAGUACAGACACUGCGACGGAAACAUUCGCAUUAAAGUGACUGACAACGCCGUGUGUUUACAGUACAAGACGGACCAGGCCCAGGAUGUGAAGAAGAUCGAGAAGCUGCAUGGAAAAUUGAUGAGACUGAUGGUGUCCAAGGAGACGCACAGCGCCGCUAUGGAGACGGACUAAAGCGGUCUUGAGGAAACCCGGACAGGACUGAAGUUCAUGGUGGUCGCAGUGUUUGCUGCGAGCACAGAACCACCAGGUUGAUGGGGAGUGAAGACGAUGGAGAUCUGAAUGUGUACCCGCGAUCAAUACAGUCAGAGAUGUGUUAUUUAUAUACUCCGUACGUCAUUCUCAGGAUUUUUUAACUACACUCAUCCUGCUUCUCCACGAUCACAUCUCUGAUUGUGUUAAAAAUGCAAAGUCAUCCGUGUACGCUUUGAGGAAAGAUGGGUAAAUUGUACAAAAUGGAGAAACGUGCUGCUGGUUUUCUGUAGAAGACCUCCAUUGUUUUCAUUUUCAAGUGAGAUGAAAAAAGAUGAGCAAUCAAAUAGUUCUUUUAUUUGGACCCACCUUUCGCUUUUUUUUUUUUUUGGUCUUCUUUUAUGGACAUGUUUAACAUAACUUGAAGCAGGACCUUCUGAUUUUCUAACAGCUGAAUGACUUUAAUACCAUGAGUUGAAAACAGUUACGUUACGUCUUCAAUAAAUAUUUACUCCAGUACGU